CGUGAGGAGGGAAUUUUUUCUUCUUCCGCCAGGGCCCAAUCGCCUUUGAGGACGUGGCUGUGGAUUUCUCCCUGGAGGAGUGGGUUCUCCUGAAUCCGGACCAGAAAGCCUUGCACAAGCAGAUCAUGGAGGAGAUGAAUGGGAUUGUGGACUCUCUCGUAGAUAACGGGGAGAAGAGCCAUGUAUGCACCAAAUACAGGAAGCAUUUGGGACACAACGGGUGCCUUCAUCGACACCAGCAAGCCCACAGAGAAGAUGGAGGUUCUGCCAGAGAAAGGCCCAACAAAUGCAUUGUAUGUGGGCAAUGUUUUACCCAAAAUGUGGCACUUGUCCUUCACAAGACACUUGAUGUUGGGAAAAGCCAUCUUAAAGGGAAAGUAUCUGCAAAAUGUGUGGUGAAACACAAGAAAUUUCACACAGGUCAGGAACCAUACAGAUGCCAAGAGUGUGGGAAGUAUUUUGCUUCCAGUUCAGCCUUGGUGAGGCUCAAAAGACUCCACACAGGAAAGAAGCCACACCAAUGCCAGGAGUGUGGGAAAUGUUUUGCUUUCAGUUCAGCCUUGGUGAGCCACAAAAGACUCCACACAGGAGAGAAGCCAUACAAAUGCCAGGAGUGUGGGAAAUGUUUUGCUUCCAGUUCAAACUUGGUGAAACACAAAAGACUCCACACGAGGGAGAAGCCAUACGAAUGCCAGGAGUGUGGGAAAUGUUUUACUACCAGUUCAGCCUUGGUGAGGCACAAAAGACUCCACACAGGAGAGAAGCCAUACCAAUGCCAGGAGUGUGGGAAAUGUUUUGCUUACAGUUCAGACUUGGUGAGCCACAAAAGACUCCACACGAGGGAGAAGCCAUACGAAUGCCAGGAGUGUGGGAAAUGUUUUGCUUCCAGUUCAAACUUGGUGAAACACAAAAGACUCCACACGAGGGAGAAGCCAUACGAAUGCCAGGAGUGUGGGAAAUGUUUUGCUUCCAGUUCAAACUUGGUGAAACACAAAAGACUCCACACGAGGCAGAAGCCAUACGAAUGCCAGGAGUGUGGGAAAUGUUUUACUACCAGUACAGCCUUGGUGAGGCACAAAAGACUCCACACAGGAGAGAAGCCAUACCAAUGCCAGGAGUGUGGGAAAUGUUUUACUACCAGUACAGCCUUGGUGAGGCACAAAAGACUCCACACAGGAGAGAAGCCAUACCAAUGCCAGGAGUGUGGGAAAUGUUUUACUACCAGUACAGCCUUGGUGAGGCACAAAAGACUCCACACAGGAGAGAAGCCAUACCAAUGCCAGGAGUGUGGGAAAUGUUUUACUACCAGUACAGCCUUGGUGAGGCACAAAAGACUCCACACAGGAGAGAAGCCAUACCAAUGCCAGGAGUGUGGGAAAUGUUUUACUCAGAGUUCAGCCCUUAACCAGCACCAGAGAACACAUACAGGCUAAAAAACAGCCAUUGUGGGAAAAUGUCUGAUUUCAAACAGGACCCUUUGAGAAGUUCUGCGUCAGAUUUGGUGGAGUCCCCGUUCUUGUCAUUUGAAUCCCUAAGUUGGAGGUCCUGUUCUCUGGAAUAGCAGAAAGCAAGCUCUGUUUGACAAUCCCUCAGAGCAGUGGUUCUCAACCUGUGGGUCCCCAGAUGUUUUGGCCUUCAACUUCCAUAAAGCCUAACAGCUGGUAAACUGGCUGGGAUUUCUGGGAGUUGUAGGCCAAAACAUCCGGGGACCCACAGCUUGAGGACCACUGCUUCAGAGGGUUAAAUAUGAUUGUCAUGUCACCUCAUCUGAAAAGAAAUAAACCAUAUGUAAUUCCA